CAUUCUCUCUCUUGGGCUUUGGGGAUAAGAAAGAAGAGAAGAAAAAACGCAGAGGUAGAGGCUUCCCAUUCUAUAAAACGCUCAGAAAGAGGAAAGUUUCUUCUUCUUGAACCUUCCCCUCGGAAGAGGAGGAAGAGAGAGAAGAAGAAUCUUACACUUUCUAGAGAGAGAAAAACUGACCCAUACAUCUAUACAUAUAUACAUAUAUAUAUAUAAAUAGACGACGCCAUGGAUUCAAUUCCUCCAAUCACCAUCACUGAUGGCGCGGUCGUCGCUUCUUCAAUGAUCGAUCCCUUCCUGGUUGAGGCUCUCCAAAACCCUCGUCAUCGUCUCACCAUUCUGCGGAUGGAACUUGAUAUUCAGAAGUUCUUACAUAAUUCUGAGCAGCAUCAGUUUGAGUUCCAGCAUUUCCCUACUUCCUACCUUCGUCUUGCGGCACACCGUGUUGCUCAACACUAUGGUCUGCAGACUAUGGUUCAGGAUAAUGUCUUGGAUGGUCUUGGUACUAGAAUCGUGGUUAAAAAGUUGGCAGAAAGCAGAUUUCCUGCUGUCUGUUUAUCAGAAAUACCUGCUAAACAGUUGGAACAUGAUAAACAUGAGAAGAUUAAAAUUGUCAUGAGACCAAGGCCUAAUAAAGCUUUCUCAAGUGAAGCCGGUGAAAAAGGAGUUAAACGCAGUCCUGUGAGGACCGUGGAAGAGAGGAAGGAGGAGUAUGACAGGGCACGAGCUCGCAUUUUCAGCAGCCCCAAUAGCCCUGAGCCAGAAGUUUCUGUGUCUCAGGCUCCAUUUGAUGGGAAGAAUAUGUAUCCAAGUGGAGAUGAUAAUGAAGUUUGCAAGAAUUCCAUGAUUGAUUCAGAGAAAACCCUCACCAUUGGGGAUGGUGGUACUUCUUCCCGAGUUGCCAUUCUCAGAGAUAGGGAGAAGGAUCGUAUUGACCCAGAUUAUGACCGGAGUUAUGAAAGGUACGUGAAGAAUAGUACAGUUAAUCAAAGCUUUAGCUUGGCACCCUUUAGUAUGCAGAAAUUUCAGCCUCCAUUUGUGCAGUAUGAUACCGUUGUUCCUCAGUUGGGUCAGAUGCCAAGAACCCAAGCCUCCCUGAGCUACAGCACCCCAAUCAUGAGCCCUUUCUGUGCCACAGGAUUCAAUCAGACAUCUAGGGAUACCACCUAUAUGCAGUGGCCAACUUCUGCUAUGAUGUAUGCGCAGUCAUAUGAUCAAUUCAGACAUGCUGUUUUUCAGGCCCCUUACUGUCAACAGCCUCUGAGCUUCGAUUACUCUCAAAACCAUUGAUUGACGACUUUUAGAUGGGAAAUGUCUGUAUAACAGAAUUCAAGAACCAAAUACAGUUUUAUUCUCCUAUUAAGAAUUUUCGUUAUUUUAGGUUUUAGUUGUUGUGCAAGGACUUAUCUUUAAAACUUCUGUUUUUGAAACCAGUGUCUUGAUUUUCUUUCUUGGUAUGUUUAAUGUUAGAAUGGGUAGUAUAUUGUUAGUUCUAAUCAACUUCUGCUUUCAGUGGAUUUUUAUAGACGCAUGCUUGCUUGGGACUC